AUGUGUUAACAAACGAAAGAGAGGGAGUUCCAUGGAAAGCGAGCAAGCUGCGCCCGGUCUCCUCGCAUAGGCUUAUCGCUUGUGUCUGUCGUCUCGGUAACCGGAGAUCCGACCCUGACUGACAACUUAUCCGUGCGUAGGCAAAUGGGGAUGCAGGUUGGAUUCAACUCACAAAAGGGGUGUAUGUGGGAGUAAUGUUACAAUGUGUGCGGUGUGCAGAAGAGAAAAGAGUGCACCAAUCUGUGAAUAACGGGUUGGGGAAACAGAUCUACUAUCACUUCCCCUGAACAUUUUUUUAAACUCACCUCAUUCUAUCGUAAUUGUAAGGUUCAAAGCCCUGGUUGACUUUUUAAAAAACAUUUUUUUAGCCUACUGCACAACAAACAGUUGUCUGUGUGUGUGCAUUCAUUGAGCGUAGAUGGGUCGCAGCACUUCACAGCUAAAGGGAUAUAAUAUUGUAACAUGUCUGCUUCGCGCAUAGGACAAAUGUUACCAUCCAGAAGCGUGAGCGUUUUGAACGGAGGAAAUGUAUGGUUUUUCGGCGGCGGGACGCAAUACCCCGCGGGGUACCUCGUCUCUGGGGUCCGCUCAAUGCUGAUUCCCUCUCAGCUGUCACCCUUUUCCCCCCAGAGUAUAGCACUUUCAGGAGUCAGUGAACGGCGGCGUGGACUUGCCCAAGAGAAAAUGACCGAGAAUGGAGUGUUCUCCCGGGACAAGGUGUUGACCAUCGACACCAUGAACCCCACGGUGAAGAACGUCGAGUAUGCGGUGCGCGGACCCAUUGUACAGCGCGCCAUGCAGAUCGAGAAAGAGCUGAGAGAGGGAGUGAAGAAGCCUUUCACUGAGGUCAUCAAGGCCAACAUUGGUGACGCCCAUGCCAUGGGCCAGCAGCCAAUCACCUUCUUCAGACAGGUCUUGGCACUCUGCUCCUACCCGGAACUAUUGAAUGAAAACAUGUUUCCAGAGGAUGCCAAAAACAGAGCACGACGCAUUCUGCAGGCUUGUGGAGGCGGUAGUGUGGGUGCAUACAGUGCCAGCCAGGGAAUAGACUGCGUGCGACAGGACGUGGCUCGCUACAUCGAGCGUCGGGACGGGGGUGUACCCUGUGACCCAGACAACGUCUACCUCACCACCGGCGCCAGCGAUGGCAUCGUAACCAUGCUGAAACUAUUGGUGUGUGGUGAGGGUGCAUCGAGGACAGGGGUGAUGAUCUCCAUCCCUCAGUACCCUCUGUACUCGGCUGCCCUGGCUGAGCUGGGCGCUGUGCAGGUCAACUACUACCUGAAUGAGGAGAAGUGCUGGAGCAUGGACCUUAGUGAGCUAGAGCGCUCCCUAGCGGAGGCCAGGAAGCACUGCAACCCCAAAGCCCUCUGCAUCAUCAACCCUGGUAACCCCACUGGUCAGGUCCAGAGCAGACAGUGUAUUGAGGACGUGAUCCGAUUCGCUGCUAAAGAGCGACUCUUCCUGAUGGCUGAUGAGGUGUACCAGGAUAAUGUGUAUGCGGAGGGUUGCCAGUUCCAUUCCUUUAAGAAGGUGCUUUUUGAGUUGGGACCAGAGUACUCUGACAAUGUAGAACUGGCGUCCUUCCACUCCACCUCUAAGUGCUACAUGGGAGAGUGUGGUUUCCGUGGGGGUUACAUGGAGGUGAUUAAUAUGGACCCGGAGGUGCAGGCCCAGCUCUCUAAGCUGGUGUCGGUCAGACUGUGUCCCCCCGUCCCUGGUCAGGCUCUGAUGGACCUGGUGGUCAACUCUCCCCAGCCUGGAGAACCUUCCCACACCACCUUCAUGAAGGAGCGCACAGCCACCCUCAGUCUCCUGGCAGAGAAGGCUAAACUGACAGAGCAGAUUCUGAACACAGUACCUGGGAUCACCUGUAACCCUGUUCAGGGAGCCAUGUACUCAUUCCCUAACAUCAGCCUGCCAGAGAAAUCCAUCAACGAAGCUAAGUCUCUCUCUCUCUCCCCCCAGGCGCUUGGCCAGGCUCCAGACAUGUUCUACUGUAUGAAGCUGUUGGAGGAGACUGGCAUCUGUCUGGUCCCAGGAAGUGGCUUCGGACAGAAGGACGGCACCUACCACUUCAGGAUGACCAUUCUGCCGCCCACAGACAAGCUGAAGAUCUUACUGGCUAAAGUACAGGAGUUCCACCAGAAAUUCACUCAGCAGUACUCUUAACUAUCCUCCUUAACUUCCUAACUUUCACCCAAUCAGAAGAGAAUAGCACACUGAACACUAUGCGCACAGUCUACAGGCCAAACUACCAGAAUGUAUCUGUCACUAAGUGCCUACUGUGUUAGUGGCUCUGUCGCCAGUCGCCUUGAUCAUGCACUUUAGCCCCUUAGCCUACAAGAUUCCAAGAAAUGGUGGACUCCGUCUGUACAUGUAAAACUGUAGUGAUUAUGAACACCCGGGAUAUUGGGAGAUGUAGUUUUUAGAAAUCAGGAUAAGAGCUGUAGUUUUUUAUGUUGGGACAUAUCAAAUUCAGUUCAAUCUGGCAUACUUGAUAGAAUUUAUAUUAAUUGUCAUCUCAGUUGUGUUUGUGUGUGUGCGUGUGUGUGGGAAAGAGGGUAUGUGUCCUUGUGUGUGUGUCAUGAUCACAAGUCAAGGCCAGUAUGAUGGUACAGUAAUGUAGUGCUGUAUGAAAUGAAGAAUCUGAAAGCAUUAGUACAUUAUUUCCAAACUCUGUAGAAAUGAUUUUGUCAGUAUUGUAGACAAAGGCACAGGGAAGUAUUGUAUAUUAGAGAAACUUUCACAAUGAUUUUAAAUUGAAAGAUGAUUUUAUUGUAUUGAAAAUCUUCAUCAUAUAGUCUUUUAUAUUCAUAGUUUCAGUUUGGCCCUUUUUUGUGUGUACAUUUUCACCAUCGUACAUUCUAUAUAGCAAACUAAUGGAAAAACCUGGACAAAGAAAAGACAGCAGGGAGAAGAAUUUUCAAUAGCAGGAAAAUGAAAUUCAAGGUUAUUAAAGUGAGAGAAAAUGUUUUUUAAA